CUGCGUAGCUGAUAAGAUAAGAGGAAAAGGAAUAGGAUGGGAGAGCGUAGUAGAGGCUCAAUUGCGCUUCGUUUGCCAUGGCGGGAGUCACCGUUCUUUUAGUUGGCAUUCUUCUCGUAUUCAUCAUCCAAGAUCUCAUUCAGAAGAUCCUACGAUGGAGGAAAAUGCCUCCAGGGCCGUGGGGGAUUCCUCUGUUGGGCUACGCACCCUUCAUCGAUCGGGAGCAACCGUUGAAGACGUUCCUCGAACUCAAGAAGAAAUACGGGAACAUAUUCACGGUGACGAUCGGGAACGUGGAACACGUGAUCAUCUGCGAGCAGGAAAUCGUGAAGGACGCCUUCUCCCGAGUGGAAUUCAGCUACAAACCAGAAUCCUUUGCUUUCAUCUCUGCCGCCGAGGGACAUAACGGUCUGCUGACGGGACACGGACCGACUUGGAGAGACAAUCGUCGUUUCACCUUGAAGACAUUGAGGAAUUUCGGAUUCGGGAAGACGACGAUCGACGGGAUCAUCCAGCACGAAGCCCUCACGACCUGCGACAUUUUCCGACGUCACCUGGGGAAACCGUGUGACCUCGAUUACACCAUCAACGUCGCCGCUCUCAACGUCAUCUGGAAACUGACCUCCGAUCAGCAAUUCAGUCAAGAGGACGAGAAGGCGAUGCUUUUCUUCAACCUCUUGGAUAUGAACCUGAAGGACAUCAAAGACCUCGGUGCGUUGCAGUUCUACAUCUGGCUCCGACAUUUCUGGCCGUCCGUUAAGAGUUCCUUCGGUCGCAUCAUGGGCAGAAUCGAUUUCGUCAAGGAGACUUUCAAGAGCCUCUAUAUGGAGCACAAGAAGACGUUCGACCCAAACAACAUCCGAGAUUACAUCGACGUUUACCUCAACGAGAUGAAAGAACAGGAGGAGAAAGGGGAAAAGAAUCCCAACUUCAACGAGCUGCAGCUGCUGAUCAACAUGCAAGAUUUGUAUUUUGCGGGGAGUGAGACGACGGGGAACACGGUGCGAUGGGCCAUCCUUCUCCUGACCCUCAAUCCCGACGUUCAAAAACGCGCUCAAGAGGAAAUCGACUCCGUCAUCGGCCGGGACCGGGUCCCCUCGUACGACGACAAGAAAAGGAUGCCGUACGUGGAAGGGAUGAUCUGCGAGAUCCAGCGUCACGCGGACGUGCUACCGUUCGGUCUGCCUCACAUGACUUCGCCCGACCACAACGUCACCCUCGCCGGAUACACCAUCCCCAAGAGCACGACGGUGCUGGCUUUCUUGUACGGGAUGCAUAAAGAUGAGAAAUUUUGGCCGGAACCCACGAAGUUCGAUCCCACUCGAUUCCUGGAUUCCAACGGGAAACUGCGGACCAAGGUCCCCGGUUUCAUGCCUUUCGCUCAUGGGAAGAGACAAUGUCUGGGAGAGAGUUUGGCGAACAUGGAGCUCUUCAUCUUCUUAGUGACAUACUUGCAGAAAUUUACGUUUCGGCUCCCAGACGGAGUGAAGACACUGAGGACUGAUCCCUGGUUCAUGGAGGUCCUCAGCAAGCCUCAUCGGUACAACGUGGUCGUCGAAGAACGUCUUUGACCCUUCAUCAUAAUCAUCCCAUUUACACGUCUAUGUUUACUCAGCUCCACAGAAUUGUCUUUCUUUUUUCUUGUGUUUCACGAACGAGGCUAAUCAGGACUCAAGAUUCCGGGGCCCAUAGUUUGAUGGUGCGAUCAAAGGAGGACGUAACGAUGUAUGGACCAUCUCUUUGGAUGUCAACUCCCAUCACUUUGUUGUCAUGACCUGAUAGUUUCUUAAUGGGCUGCCACUGUGGGUGACUCCACACCUGAAAUUAAAAUGAGUAGACAUUCUCUCAAAACGAGAUAUCAUUUCGGAACAAAACAUGUACACUUGGAAGAUCCCCGAGAAUAAAGGAAAAAUAUAGAGAAAGGUA